GUGGUGCUGCCCCAGUUCCCAAGCGCCGGAGAAUGGCGCUUUCCCUGCCAGAACGUCGCGCGUGCCUUAUCGAAGCGCGCAGGAGUUUUAAAUGUAUGUGUGCAAACGCACGUGCUCUUUGAGCAGGGUUACUUGGCUUUUGAAACGAAAGUCCACAGAAAAUGAAAAUAAAGGCGGGAAUUUUACAGUGCAUGCAUUUGGAUAAAACGUACAGCAUGCUGUCGGGCAAGAACGUCAAUAUACUGCUCGAAUACUUCAAGUUACUGGACGUUCACAACGAAAUGUCCUUGAACGACAUACAGUUCUACAACUUUCUGCAUGCCGUGACUGACCUGAGCAAGGCCCACAUCUACAAUGUCUUCGACAUGCUGGAUGUGGAUGGAUCUGGUCGCAUAGAUUUCGAUGAGUUCUACUUGUUGGCGUGCAUUCUGAUUUCUCUCAAGGACAAAGAGGAGAAGCAGUUCAUCUACCGGCAUUCUCGUACGGUCUUUGAGCUCCUGGAUGAGGAUCGCAGCCAGAGCAUUUCGGCCGAGGAGUUCUCCGCUUUCGGGUUCCUCUUCAAUUUUCAGGGGGCCGCCGUCAGCCAGAUCUUCAAGGACUUUGACAUCUCGGGAGACGAGGAGCUUGACUACAAAGAGUUCAAGAUGUUUGCAAUGGCCUGCAUCGACAGGCAGAACGAGAUCGACCGCGAGAAACGGGAAAAACUGGAGCGCCGCCGACGGCAGACAGAAGAGAGAGCGAGGCGGAAACUGGCAAGGUUGGAGCGCGGGGAUCGGGGUGUCUUGGGCGGGGUGAUUCCGUCUUGCUAUUCCUGCGCUUUGCAAUGAAGCAAGGCUCGAGUAAGUGCCAAGUCUGGCUUUCUGUAUCACCCACAGGGCACUUGGCGAUUGACACACGCAGGUAUGAAGGGGUAUCAGGGAAGCUAUAGGGCCCUUACGGUUCCCUGGAUCUCCUCCAGACCAGAUGUUUUCAUCGCAAAGCUGUAUCAAUCCUAGGAAUUUUUAAACUGACUCAAUGAGCCGGGGUUAGUGUUGUGUAUAUAUAUAGACACACUUUGUAAAUUUCUUUAUUAAAAUACUGUGAAAUCUUUGAUCGUAUACACUGAUAUAUAAUCGCUUCUGACAUACGAUGAACAAACAAUAAUUUCAUUGCUAGUAAAUAUAAAUGGUCCUUGUCCACUUAGAGCAGCUUUAGAACAAAAGCUUUUUGGGGGAGUUGUUCUGGUGGGGGGGUAAAAAAAUUGGAAUUUUCUUAGUUUAACCUUUAUUGCUUUUCUGAGGGAUGAAGCAAGAUUUGUGAGUAAUCUUUCCUACUUUCACGAAGGUAAAUAAAAGAGCCCCCCUCAAAAAUGC